AUGGAGGAAGACGGGGGUGUGGAUUCCGACUUGGAACUCGGCAUCGCGCUUUCGAUCUCCCAGCAGGCCAGCAACGAGGAUGCCCGGCCGGUUCUGAAAGCCAGACGUCGCAGGCUGCUUCCUCCUGUAGUGGUGUGUCCCCGUAGCAAAAAACUGCUGCGCAAUGUGUGUCUAAACGACCGGGCAGCCGCACGCAGAAUCCAAGGAAUCAUCGACGCGGCAUUCAAGACGCUCCACGCCAUAGGUGACGCCGAGGGCGACCCUAGCGGUCCGCUCGACGUAGACGCGCUGGAGCUCGCGUUGUCGAGGCUGGGAUUUGCGGUGGACGAUGCACAGCUGCAAGACAUGCUGAGGUGCUAUGCGCAUGACGGCAACGUCCCUGCCUCGGCGCAGCUUGCCGACUUCGCCAUAUACACACGAGAAACCAUUGGCAACCGCAACGUGGAGUCGGAGUGGCGCCCUAAAGGCGCUGGCACUAAGCUGCCCAUAGAACGCAUCGACAGCGCCACGUUCAACGAAAUAUUCCUAGACUGCAACCUUCGCAUCGAAAACAACGGUCUAAUAUAUUGA